AUGGCUCCGACCAGCUCAAACUACAACAGAGAUGAGAAAGUUCUUUGUUUCCACCAUGAAGUUCUCUACGAAGCCAAGAUUAUGGAUAUGAAGCAUGUCGACCCCGAUGAUCGCAAGAGUCCCUAUGAAUAUUUAGUUCAUUACAAGGGCUGGAAAAACACUUGGGAUGACUGGGUUCCUCAAGAACGCCUUCGCAAAUUCACUGAAGAGAAUCGGGAACUAGCUGCCCAGAUUCGAAGAGAAGUUACCGCUCAGAUGUGGGGGAAAGCCAAUGUCAGCACCGGCAAGACUCUCAAACGAAGAGGAGGCUCAGACUCUGGGCGAGGUAGUGAAGAACGACAGUCUUCUGUUCCUGCUAAAGGCACCAAAAGAGGUCGUGAUAAUGAAAUUGAAAAGGAGGACCAAUUCCAUCUACGGCCAUCAAUCCGCAUCAUGCUCCCUGAUACUCUCAAAGCAUUGCUUGUGGAUGACUGGGAGAAUGUAACCAAGAACCAGCAAGUUGUCGCAUUACCAGCUCAUCACUCCGUGAAUGAGAUACUUCAAUUAUACUCCGAUGAGGAGAAACCAAAGCGCACAACAACAGCUGAACUGGAUGUCCUUGAAGAAGUGAUCAUGGGGAUCAAAGAGUAUUUUGACAAAUCGCUCGACAAGAUCCUGCUCUAUAAGUUUGAAAGAGAACAGUACCGAUUGUUGCGCCAGAAGUGGGAAAGUGGUGCAGAGAAUUAUACGGACAAGGGUCCUCUUGAUAUUUAUGGAGCUCACCAUCUGGCUCGAUUGUUCGCUGUCCUUCCCGAACUUAUUGCUCAGACAAACAUGGACCAACAAUCCAUCAACCGCUUACGCGAAGAAUUAAGCAAAUUCACCAUAUGGCUGAGCCGCAAUUCCGAAAAGUUCUUCUCAAACAAGUACAUCAGUGCGAGUAACGAGUAUUUGGAAAAGGCUGCUGGUGUACCUAUUCCGAAUUUAGGUACUGCAACCUCUCGUCUUGUCUGA